AUGGCCCUUUCCCUCUCCAUGCCUCUGUGCUCCUCUAGCGCACUUUCAGCGCGCAACACUUCUCCUAGCCUUCUGCGAGCUGAGCUCUCAGCCAAGGCCGACAAUCGGACGAUUGGGAUCUGCUUGCUCCCGACUCCCUCUCCUCUCUGCUUGAACCGCCUUGUAGCAAAGCCGAAUCCUCUGUCCGCUAUCAAUCCGGGACGCAGGCCGCGCUUCGUGUCCGGAAUCUCGUCUGCAAGGGCAAGGCCAUCAGUGGCCAUGGCUGCUGCAGCGGCAACCACGGAGGCCUCAGCGGACGUUAAAGAGAACCCGCUUCUGUCGCUGAAUCCCGCGUCGAUUCCGCUGUUCGACAAGAUCGAGCCCAAGCACGUGGUGCCGGGCAUGCGCGCCAUUCUCAAGGAAGUGGAGGAGCAGCUGGACGAUCUCGAGAAGAACGUGCAGCCCACGUGGGCAGGCCUCGUCGAGCCUCUGGAGCGGCUGCAGGACCGGCUGGGCAUCCCGUGGGGCGCGGUGAACCACCUGAACGCCGUGAAGAACUCGGACGACCUGCGCGCGGCGUUCGAGGAGGUGCAGCCCGACGUGGUGAAGCUCUCGCUGCGCCUGGGGCAGAGCCGCCCGCUCUACGACGCCUUCGUCGCGAUUAGAGCGGAUGAGAAGCUGUGGGAGAGUUUGAGCGUGGCUCAGAAACGCGUCGUUGAGUCCGAGCUCAUAUCGGCCAAGACGAGCGGAGUGGCACUGGAGGGCGAGGCCAAGGCGCGGUUCAACGAGAUACAGCAGGAGCUGGCGCAGCUGAAGACCAAGUUCCAGAACAACGUGCUCGAUGCUACCAAGCGCUUCGUGCGCAUUGUCACUGACCCCGCUGACGUGGCAGGCCUGCCGCCCUCCGCGCUGGGCUUGGCCGCACAGGCUGCUGUUGAGAAGGGUCACGAGGGAGCCACGGCAGAGAGCGGGCCGUGGGCCUUCACUCUUGACAUGCCCUCGUACCUGCCUCUCAUGCAGCACUGCCGCAACCGGGGGUUGAGAGAGGAAGUGUAUCGCGCCUAUGUAACCCGCGCAUCUGAGUUCGACAUUGACAACACCCCGGUGAUCACACGCAUGCUGCAGCUCAAGCAGGAGAAGGCCAAGCUGCUGGGCUUUAAGUCCCACGCUGAGGUGCCGAUGCAGUGGCGCAUGGCCACGAUAGAGAGCGCGCACAAGCUGGUGGAGGACCUUCGGGAUGCUGCCUUCGACAUCUCCGUCAAAGAGCACGAGGAGCUGAAGGCGUUUGCCAAGGAGCAGGGCGCGGAGGAGGCGGACGAUCUUCGGCAGUGGGAUGUGACGUUCUGGGGCGAGCGACUGAGGGAGGCGCGGUAUGAGCUGACGCAGGAGGAGCUGCGGCCGUACUUCUCCUUCCCCGUGGUCAUUGACGGGCUCUUCAAGCUCGCCUCACGCCUCUUCGACGUGUCCUUCCAACCCGCUGAUGGCGAGGCACCGAUAUGGAAUCCUGAUGUGCGUUACUACAAAGUCACCGACUCUUCCGGCAACACCCUCGCCUCGUUCCUGCUGGACCCCUACUCGCGCCCGGCGGAGAAGCGUGGCGGUGCGUGGAUGGACGGCGUGUGCAACCGCAGCGCCCUCUUUGCCGCCCCUGGCGCUGCCGCGCGCCUGCCGGUCUCGCACAUUGUGUGCAACCAGACGCCCCCUCUUGGGGAUAAGCCCAGCCUCAUGACCUUCAAUGAGGUGGAGACGCUGUUCCACGAGUUCGGCCAUGCGCUGCAGCACAUGCUGACGCGGCAGCAGGAGGGGCUGGUGGCGGGCAUCAGCAACGUGGAGUGGGACGCCGUCGAGCUGCCCUCUCAGUUCAUGGAGAACUGGUGCUACCACAGAGGCACGCUGCUGGGCAUCGCAAAGCACUAUGAGACGGGAGAGGUGUUGCCGGAGGAGCUGUACCAGAAGAUCGUGGCGGCUAAGAACUUCCGCUCCGCCACCAUGACCAUGCGCCAGCUGCACUUCGCAUCUGUAGACCUGGAGCUGCACUGCUCGUUUGACCCCGAGGGCCAGGAGUCCAUCUACGAUGUCAACAACCGCGUGGCCUCUCGCAUGCUUGUGCUGUCCCCCCUUCCCUCCGACCGCUUCCUCUGCUCCUUCCUCCACAUCUUCGGCGGCAGUUACGAUGUCGGCUACUACAGCUACAAGUGGGCGGAGGUGCUGUCAGCCGAUGCCUUUGCAGCGUUCGAGGAGGCAGGGCUGGAUGAUGAUGAGGCGGUGAAGGCAACAGGGCACAAGUUCAGAGAUACAGUGCUGGCUCUCGGGGGAGGCGCUUCUGCCAAAGACGUGUUUGCCGAGUUUCGAGGACGGCAACCGUCAAUUGAGCCCCUGCUUAGGCACAAUGGGUUGGUGCCAGAGCCAGUUCCUGCUUGA